AGGAAAAGGAGAGAAGCCCCCUAUAUAUACUCUAUAUAAAUUACAGCGACGAUUUGUUUACAUCAACGCUAAUCUCUUCUUCUUCUUCUUCUUCUUCUUCCCUGAUUUGAAGAAGUUUCUUGAUUAUCGAUAUCCCCUUAAUCGUCCAAGAUCAUGGCAACAUUGGCACCAGUUCAUGCAACUUCGUUCAAAUCCAUGGAAUCUCGCAAGAGGAGGAUUCCUUUACCGUAUUUGAUCAGACCCUUUAAGAGACAGCCCGUUUACGACACCUACGCACUCUACAACGAUUUCAUUGCCUAUUCAUCUCUCGAGGAUGGGUUCGACUCUGAGAGUGAUGACGAAGAAUCAUCUGUCAAGGCUGUUAGAACCUCUCUGGAGAAAGUCGAUUUAUCCGAAACUGCAUCUGCGGGUUCGCUGACUGAUGAAGAAUACGUGGUUGUCGACGAUGUUGAAACUCCUAAAACUGAGAGAGCAGGCGCGAUUCAAAUGAUGGAACUCGCAAAAGGUGUUGAAGAGUUGGACCUCGAAGAUGCAAGAUCCGGCAAUGAAGAUGCAGGAUCCGACAGUGAUGCUUGGGUGGUUGUGUAACUAACAAGUUUAUGCUUGGGUGGGGUUUUAGGAUAAUGGAAUCAGUUUAUUUCUCUGCCUUCUUGUUUUCUGGACCAGUUGACAUUUUUGUGAAGCUUUCUUUUUUUAUGAUCAGUACAUAUGACAAGAUGGUUUCCGAUUGAAUAAUUGAUCCUUUGUUUUCUUCAGCAA